AUGAGUAUUAUUAGUGACGCGGAGAAGCAGCAAUAUUUUCAAGUAUUUUCUUCCCUCGGACCCAUAAAUGGCUACCUUUCUGAUGGACAACUUGACUUUGAUGAAUUUUCAGUCACAUAUAGACUAGUCAAUGAUCUAUUGGCUCAAAUAUAUCCGGAUGUCCCUCUAUCAUUACCUCCUCAUUUAAUUCCACCAAGUAAGGCUCAUCUCUUUGGGGGAGGUGGCACCGGAUUCCACGGAGGCUCAACAUUAGGCAUUAGUCCCAGGAUGAUUCCUCAAACAAUUAGUUCCAUCCCACAAUCAAUUAGUCCAAUUCCAUUAUCGAUCAAUCAAAUUUCUCAGUCAAAUAGUCCUUUACUUUCUAAUAUGAUGCCUUCAUAUUCACAAUCACAACAAUUACCGCAGGUACCUCCUCCGCCUCCCUCGCUGUAUCAUCAAUCUUCAAGUAGUAGUUAUGGUGGCUUUCCGACAGCACCGUUAUCAGAUGAUUUUGACUGGAAUCAAGUCGAUGUUAACUUUGAACAACAACUUGGAAAAGAUCAGUGUCUCGUUUUCCUUCACAUAUUAAAUCAGCGAAGUAAGGGGAAGCGUAUACCUGAUAGUUUACCUAGCGCGUUAAAAACAUCAUUAGUAAGAGGAAAAUUGAAUUAUAAUUAUAAUGAGACUCUUGAUCCUUCAUGGAAGUCAAAGACAUCAGAAGGUACUAGCAUUUCAACUAGGUCAAGUUAUGGACAAUCUCAUUCUGGUGGCAAAUGGGAAGAAGAACAACUGGAGAAGGAAUUAGCUAAACUAAAUGAAAAUUUAAAGAAAGCGGAAGAUGCUGCAUUAAAUUCGUAUACAAGUGCUUUACAAAUAUCAUCUGGUGGAGGUCAAACAUCGGAAUUUAAACAACUUUAUGAAUAUAAGCAAAAGCAGCUUGCAGAAUUAAAUGAAAAAGAACAUUUAAAUAGAACUUUAGAAGAAUAUAUUCGAAAGGAACGCCUUUCUGUACGUGAAUUACAAGAUAACAUUCAAUCUUUGAAACUUCAUGUAAAAACUUUGGAAAAUACUUUGGAAACUAAUCAAUCAGAAUAUAGAAGGCUUCAGCAAGAUGUAAAUCUUGGACGAUGA